GUCCGGCAAACUCUUCCGCUGCCACUCGUUGGCAAAACAACCCGGCAUGUAGCUAGCUAACUAGCUAAACAUUACAAAUAAAAAUAAAUUGCCCAGUCAAAUCUGUUUUUUGAUAACCCAAAUCCGCGUUGGGUAAAACCCGUGCCGCCAGUGAACAGUUGUCUCAUAUUAUUUUUAAACUACGCGAAAGAUCGGAAACAACGCGGUCUAACGUUAGCUUAACAUGCUAAAUAACUAGCUACGAUUAGCUUUUGCUAGCUGUGAUGGCAGCACCAACACCUCUAAUUUCUGCUCCUGUUUUGAGUCAAAAGCAGCGCAGGGCUGCUCUGAGGAAAGAGAGAAGGAAAAGGAAGCGCCAGGCUCUCGCCCAAGUUAGAGAAUGUGAUGGACCAAGCUGUGCACUUGAAGAAGAAGAAGAAGCAAUACAUGAGGAUGGAGAUGAUGAGGAUGUUGCAGAGGAGGAAAGACUGCGGCUGCACGAGCAGUGGUUGGCCAAAGAGACGCUCGCCCAGGAAGAGUUCCGGCUCCGUGCCGAGAGGGAGGAGGCUGCGAGGAAGAGAAAAGAAGAGGAGGAGCGAUUGAUCAAGGAGGAAUGGGAGACCCAGCAGAAGAAGGAACAGGAGGAAAAAGAGCAGAAGCAGCAGGAAAAGCGAGACAGAGAGGAGGCCGUUCAGAAAAUGUUGGAUGAAGCUGAAAAUCAGCUGGAGAACGGACAGCCGUGGAUGAAUCCCGAGGCUCCUGCGGCGAAGAACUGCGAGAACUUUGGAACAGAGCGCGACGUAGCCAACUGUCCGUUCUUCCUCAAGACCGGGGCAUGUCGAUUCGGAGACAGAUGCUCCCGUAAGCACGUUUACCCCACAUCCAGCCCGACUCUGAUGAUCCGUGGUAUGUUCACCACGUACGGCAUGGAGCAGUCGCGGCGCGAUGAUUAUGACGCCGACGCCUGUUUGGAACACAGCGAGGAGGACCUGCAGGAGUAUUUCCUUGAGUUCUACCAUGACGUCCUGCCAGAGUUAAAGAGUGUCGGCAAGGUUGUGCAAUUCAAGGUUAGCUGCAAUUAUGAGCCGCACCUGAGAGGAAACGUUUACAUUCAAUUUGACACGGAGGAGCAGUGUAAGGAGGCCAUCAUCAAGUUCAACGGGAGGUGGUACGCAGGCCGCCAGCUCCAUUGUGAGAUGUGUCCCGUUACCCGCUGGAAGAAUGCGAUAUGUGGGCUGUUCGACAGACAGAAGUGUCCCAAAGGGAAGCACUGCAACUUCCUGCACGUGUUCCGCAACCCGGGCAACGAGUUCUGGGAGGCCGACCGGGACCUGCACAUGUCGCCGGACCGCAGCGUCAGGGGGAGCCGCAGGGACGGCUGGACGUCGGAGCGGCACGGGGAGCGAUCGUGGAGGCAGCGUCAGGGCAGCAGGAGCCCGCCGCGCUCCGAGAGGUCCCAGAGCAGACGAGGCGCCGACCGGCGGAGGAGCGGGAGCAGAGAGAGGAGGGCCUCCCAGCGGUCAUUCAGACACAGUGACAGGACGAAGGACUGGCGCCCGAGCAGCAGCAGAGACAAGCCGAGGAGUAGAAGUAGGGACAGGCCGAGGAGUAGAAGUAGGGACAGGCCGAGGAGUAGAAGUAGGGACAGGCCGAGGAGUAGAAGUAGGGACAGGCCGAGGAGUAGAAGUAGGGACAGGCCGAGGAGUAGAAGCAGAGACCGGCAGCAGGACAGGCCGAGGAGUAGAAGUAGAGACAGGCCGAGGAGUAGAAGUAGAGACAAAGGAAGGGAGGUCAGGAACGGAAGUGAAGGGAGAGACGGCAGAGACAAAGAUGCCGACGCGAGGGACGGGUCGAGAAGCACAAGCAGAGAAAGGAAGAAGGGAAGUAGAGAAAAGAAACCAGAGAAAAGGGAGAAACCCGUCCACGAGGAUUCCAGCAAGCGGCGGCGCCACAAACAAUCCAAGAAAAGCAAGAAGAAGAGCAAGAAGAAGCAUAAGAAGAAAAGCCGUUCGCCUGAAGGGACGGCCUCGUCCGCGGAGUCCGAAAAGGAGGAAGAGUCGUCGGCGCAUCUCACUGAAACGAGUCCCAGUCAGCAGACGGAUGAGAAGAACCAGAUUCAUGGAAACAAUGACGUGGAGUGUGUGCGUGUCGGCAGUGAGGUUACUGCUGAGGGGGAGAGCGAACCGUCUUGAAAAGACAAACGUAGCGAGCCGGCUGGAAAAGGUGUCACGAGUUGGUGUUUGAGGUUACGACAUUUCAAAAUCUGUGAAUUAGUUCUUUUCUCCUUUUGGACAGUGUGACUGUGCAGUAAGGUAGAGCCCGUCAGUGUGUACAUAUGUGAAUAUUUAGUCUUUAAUACUUGAUCGCUGGUGGCUGAAUAAGAGCUAUAUAAAAACAAAAGAACAGGGUUUCUCUUUUUUUAUACAUUUAUUGUUAAUAAACUUCAAAUGAAAGAAAGAAAAUGUCAAAUGUGUUGGCAGUGUUUAAUAAAAAAAGUGAUCUCUUUAGCACAAAUCAAUGAACUUGUUACAUAAUUACUGUUGAACAAAAAACACUUUGUGGUUUUAAGAAUGCAGAUAAAGUUUGGAUAAACAUCUA